AAUAAACACCCAUUACCAAUGGAUCCAAAAAAAACCAAAAAAAAUCCUUUCAACAAAUCAAAAUAUCGCCUAAAUGAUCCACAAAUGCAUGCCAAUUUUCAUCCAAAUCAAUUCAUGCCUCCACCAAAUAAUCCUCCUCCAAAUCAAUUUUAUUCUCAAUCAUCUCAACCUUCUCCAAAUCAAUAUUCUCAACCUCUUCCAAAUCAAUUUUAUUCUAAUCCAUCACCAUAUCAAUUUUCUCAACCUUCAACUCCAUCCGCUUAUUAUCCACAACCGGCGUCUCCACAAAUGUUUGGUUACGGUUCAAGCCCACCUUCGCAAACCAACGCCCAUUUCUUAAACAUGGCUAGAAUGAACGAUUUUAUUCCGAUCGAGGAAGAUGUUCAUCAAGAUGACGAAGAAGUUGAAAUUGUAGCGGAAACCCAACAAGACGAUGUUCAAAAAGAUGAUGACGUGCAAGAAGUCCAAGAUUGCGGGAAAAAGACGAAGACAAAGCGUGAAAAUUGGACGCCGGCACAAGAGGUUGCUUUGGCACAAGCUUGGGUUCAAAUUUCCGAAUGCAAAAAAUAUGGAAAUGAACAAAAAGCGGAUGGUUUUUGGCGUCGUGUACUUGAGCAUUACACCACACUUGUCGGCCCGACCACACGGACCAUUCAUGGGUUAACGCCAAAGUGGAAACAAAUGAACGCCACCAUGGGUCUCUUCAACGGGCUAUACAAUCAAGCGAAACAAGCCAAGGGAAGCGGGUGCAACGACUUGGAUAUUAUGAGAGUCGCUAUGGCGGAUUUCAAGACCCGCACCAAGAAGGAAUUUCAUCACCACGCCGCAUGGGAUGUUGUGAAGAUACACGACAAAUGGGCAGAGCAAGAAUGUUUCCAAAUAUACCAAGACAUGGGACCUUCACGCAGUGACUCUUCAAAAAGGAAAUCUGGAGAAUAUGAGACGGCCAGCACCGGACACUUCAUUCCCGACAUAGAUGAAGACCCAAACCCUCCAUUGCAAGUGGCAGCAAAAAAGGGGAAAAAGAAGGCAUUCGCAUCCGGAUCCGCCUCUUCAACUGUGGCGGAUGACAUUAGCGAGUACGCCAAAAGGAAGACGAGAUACUUGGAAGAAAAACACGAGACGGAUGAGAGGCGCGCAAGACAGCGGGACAUCUUGUUUUUCACCAACUUGCAUGCUCAUAUAACCGAUCCCGUGAUGUUGGAAAUCGUUCUUAGCGAGAAACGCGAAAUUGCCACAAGACAUGGAUGACAAUGCCCUUUUUAGUUUCGUUCGUGUAAUGUUUUCAUUGGAAUAACUGUUGGACUUGUUUUUAGUUUCGUUGUUUUUUUUUCCAAGUAUUAUUAUGUAUUUUUUUAAUUAUUAAUGAAUGUUUUUCUAUGUUUUAAA